CGAAAGGGUGUAGAGCGGUAUACACAGCUCACCAUACACUCGGAGAGCUCCGCGAGAAAAGGAGGGGGCGAGGAAAGGCAGGUUCCGCCUCCCCAGGCCCGCGUGCACACACGCGCCCCCCGCGGCUCGGGCUGGCUGAGGGCGGCCGAGUGUGCGCACGCCGCGGACAGCCUCUGCCCUCGCCUCGCUCCCAGCCCAGGGCAUCUUGAGAGCCUGGAAACGUGAACAGGCUUAAAGUAUGGCAUGUUGCAAAGAUGUUUUUUUCCAAGAAGGUACCCGCGAUCGCGACGUCCUCCGGGGUCAGUUUCGCCCUCCUGCACUUCCUGUGCCUGGCGGCGUGUUUAAACGAAACCCCAGGACAGAUCCAGAAGGAGGAGAAAUUAUGCCCGGAAAAUUUUACCCGCAUCCUGGACAGCUUACUCGAUGGUUAUGACAACAGGCUGCGUCCUGGAUUUGGGGGUCCUGUUACAGAAGUAAAAACAGACAUAUAUGUCACCAGCUUUGGACCUGUUUCUGAUGUUGAAAUGGAGUACACAAUGGAUGUGUUCUUCAGACAGACAUGGAUUGACAAAAGACUAAAAUAUGAUGGCCCCAUUGAAAUUUUGAGAUUGAACAACAUGAUGGUAACGAAAGUUUGGACCCCUGAUACUUUCUUCAGGAAUGGAAAGAAAUCUGUCUCACAUAAUAUGACAGCUCCUAAUAAGCUUUUUAGAAUUAUGAGAAAUGGCACUAUUUUAUACACAAUGAGACUAACCAUAAGUGCAGAGUGUCCCAUGAGACUGGUGGAUUUCCCCAUGGAUGGUCAUGCAUGCCCUUUGAAAUUUGGAAGUUAUGCGUAUCCAAAGAGUGAGAUGAUUUAUACCUGGACAAAAGGCCCUGAGAAAUCAGUGGAGGUUCCAAAGGAAUCUUCCAGCUUAGUUCAGUAUGACUUGGUUGGUCAAACUGUAUCAAGCGAAACUAUCAAAUCCAUUACGGGUGAAUAUAUUGUUAUGACGGUUUAUUUCCAUCUCAGACGGAAGAUGGGUUAUUUUAUGAUUCAGACAUACAUUCCAUGCAUUAUGACAGUGAUUCUUUCUCAAGUUUCAUUCUGGAUAAAUAAGGAAUCAGUUCCAGCCAGGACUGUAUUUGGAAUAACCACAGUCCUCACCAUGACCACACUGAGCAUCAGUGCACGGCAUUCUUUGCCCAAAGUGUCCUAUGCUACUGCCAUGGAUUGGUUCAUAGCUGUCUGCUUUGCUUUUGUAUUUUCGGCCCUUAUUGAGUUUGCAGCUGUCAAUUAUUUUACGAAUAUUCAAAUGGAAAAAGCCAAAAGGAAGACAUCCAAAGCCCUCCAGGAAAUGCCGGCUGCUCCAGAGCUAAGAGAAAACUGUCCUGAAGUACCUCUGCAGAGCACAAAUGCCAAUCUGAACAUGAGAAAAAGAACAAAUGCCUUGGUUCACUCUGAAUCUGAUGUUGGCAACAGAACUCAGGUGGGAAACCAUUCGAGGAAAUCUUCCAUGACGGGUCAAGGAUCUUCUGAAGCCACACCACAGUCUUACUUAGCUUCCAGUCCAAACCCAUUCAGCCAUGUAAAUGCAGCAGAAACUAUAUCUGCUGCAAGAGCACUUCCAAUUGCUCCUCCUUCUACUCCUAGUAGAACUGGGUUUGCUCCCCAGCAAGCAUCUGCUUCUACCCAUCGUGUGUUUGGAUCAAGACUGGAGCGGAUUAAGACCACAGUUAAUACCAUAGGGGCUUCUGGGAAGUUGUCAGCCACUACUCCUCCCUCUGCUCCACCACCUUCUGGAUCUGGCACAAGUAAGAUAGACAAAUAUGCCCGCAUUCUCUUUCCAGUAACAUUUGGGGCAUUUAACAUGGUCUAUUGGGUUGUUUAUUUAUCGAAGGACACUAUGGAGAAAUCAGAAAGUCUGAUGUAAUUUUGUUGCUUUAAUAGUUUCCCAAAAGAUGAUGAACUUAGUGCAGAAUGUCUUUUUAAAUGUUUUUAAAGAUAAACAACUAUUCUUUACUAAAAUAAAAAUUCUGUGUAAUUUUUCCAUUUAAAAAAUUCAAGCCAAUUAUUGGGAGAGUUAAUUAAUUCCUCAGUGAAGAGAAAGUGAGCUAUCUUUCAUUUCAGAAAGAUGAUUUAAAUAGAAUCAAUUCAGCAUUCAAAUUAGAUGGAACACAGACCAUCCUGGAAAGUUGGGAGAAGAAAAAUAGGGCUAUUACAGAUACAUGGUAUGUAUUUAUGCAUUGAAAUUUGAAAACAAACUAUGACAUUUUUAAAUAUACAAUGGGAAUAUCAACCAUCACCCUAAAUUUUCCAGUGGCACUGACCUUAGUCAGAAUCAUUUAUUGGGUAUUAUAUGCAGUGACCUUUGGAGAUCCUCUUAGUAUCCUCAAGAAAAGGACUUUCCCUAUUAAAUGAAACAUUUUUAAAAGGGAAAUGGAACAAAAACAGUUACUGACCAAACAGAUUGAAACCUCUGCUGCAUCAAAAACAAAGACAGAGACCAAGGGAAUUGUGUUGCCUGUCAUAUGUUGGCCAAAUAAGACAGAAAUUUGACAAUUUGAAAACUUGUGCUUUGAGCCAAAGUUUAACUUACUGUUUGAGUUCUUUUUGAUAGUAGUUCAUUCAGUUAUGUAUUCUUUCAACAUGUAGUUAUUCACAGCCUACUGUGUUCCAGGCAUUAUGCCAGACACUGUCUCUCUAGCAAAGUUCUUUCACCUGUACGUACAAUAUUACUUAAAUAAUAGAACAGUCAACGCAUGCUAACAAAUCAUAAACAGAGGAUAUUGCAUUUUUCAAUGGAGGAAAUUUAUGUAGAGUCUGACAACAUAUUCAAAAUACUUGUUUCUUUGAGAGGAUAACAAGUACAUUGUUCACAUAGUGAAUUUUGAGAUAAGUACAUGUUAGCACAACUGAUUAAAAUAUAACAAAAAUGUGGUACAGAUUGUUCUAUUAGUAAGAAGCAUUACAUACCUGAAAGUAAAAAUCUGGGCACUGUAAGACUGUAUAGAUUAUCUGUCUCCAAUAUGAUCAGGAUCCAAGAAUAGAAUUUGAUCAGAAUCAUGGAAUUAGAAACUCAAGACAAGGUCUUUGAGAUGCUUUUCCCAAAACAUAGACCUAUGAAGUUUUUGUGUCCAUAGGUCUUUCUUUCUGGGCAGUUUUGUGUUCAUUUGGGGGUAGUUUUUCUACAAUUCCAUAACUAAA